AUGAGUCCCCUCAUGGCCCCCUUGCAAACGGGCAAUCUCAAGCGCAUUCGCCAAGCGUGCGCAAAUUGCCGGCGUAGGAAAACGAAAUGCUCCGUGGAGCGUCCGAUCUGUUUCCACUGUCGCCGGAAUAAGCAUUCCUGCAUUUACGAGCCUUACUCAGUUACCAUCAGCGAUAACUCUCCAGGUACCUCUACAGCGCCAACCUAUGAGAAUAGCCAACUAUUGCAGCGCAUCUCGUUGAUUGAGUCGCGCUUGGCGGAGUUAAGUGGACAAGCCGCACAACAACCCCGCCCAUCCAUAGAUCUUGAACCCCUCGGGCGGCCGAUUCUGUCGACACAGCCUGCUGUCUUGGGCAUCCCCUUCGUUACACCCUCGCAAUCCGUCCUGGACUCCAUCAUAGACACCUAUUUUCUCCAUGUGCACAACCAGCCAUACAGUAACUUCCAGGAGAUCGGCUUCCGAGAGGAGCUACGCAAAGGGACCUUGCCACGAUGUUUGGUACUAGCCGUGCUGGCCUCCGCCGUCCGCUUCUCUACUCACGAGCUCUACGCAGGAAGAGCGCUAGAGACAUCAGAGGUUUAUGCUCGAGAGGCUUGGCUAUCCGUCUUGACAGAUCACUUGACAGUAGAAGAUAAUAUGGGGGUGCAUGUCGUUCAGACGUUAACGAAAACUCUAGCUGGGCGCGUCAAUUCGGGGUGGUUGAAGAUCGGUCUGGCAGCGCGCAUCUCACAAGGGCUCGGCUUGAUGGGCGAGCCUGAUGCUUGGCUACCUGCUACAGAGCAGGAGGAACGCCGACGAGCGUUCUGGUCAGUCUACCUGCUAGACAAACUCAUUUCCUGUGGACGAUCGCGCCCCCUCGUCAUUCUCGACCAAGACUGCCAGGUCCAGCUUCCGUGUGACGAGAUCACCAUUCGACUAGGUGAGAUCAAGAAGACGUACACCCUGCACCAGCUUCUCAGCUGGAACACCGAUAUCGCGGAAAGCCCCAGCCCGUUUGCUCUGGUCAUUCUUCUUGCGUCCAUCUUCGGGCGCUGCACGCGAUACGUUUAUGCCAACCGGCACACGGACGAGAUUCCGCCGUGGGACACCGAGUCAGAGUACGCCGCGAUCAGCUCCUCUUUGCUGCUGUUCGAGUCCUAUGCGAAGUCGGGAGAUGCAUCAGUGGUUAAUAUGGUCCGGCAGAGUGCUGAAGCGACGGGGACACCGAAUCAUCAAGAACUAGGACACCAGACUUUCGCGCAUACCCUAUUUCAUCUGUGCCACUGUUUGCUGAAUCACCCCUUUGUUCUUAAACUUCGCCUGAAGCCCUUUGGCUCCAAGGCUCCGCAUAGCUUUGUCACCCGUGCCCUGCAGAAUGGACUAGACCAUGCCACACAGCUUGUUCGUCUCCUCCACGAUGUGUCCGAGGCGGGCGGACUCGUCGAGUCUUCAUUCUACGCAUACUGCGUGGCGAUCGCGGGAGGCAUUUUGUCGAUCGUGUCACAGGAGGAGCAUCAGAGCCUUCCUUGUCGGCCUUCGGAGAUGCUGGAGUGCUUUCAGCAUGCUGUCGAUAUACUCGAUCGAUUAGCCCAAGUCUAG